UACCAACACUUCUGCCAGGCUGACGUCGCGAUGUGGUUUUUUUCCGGCGUUUUCUUAAUUUUAUUACUUAAACUUUUGCAGCCAGGCUCUGCCGGCGAAGUGGAGGUCGUCGGCUGUGGCGGUUUCAUCAAAAGUCAUGCCGAAAUCGAUUUUUCCAAGGUGGAGAUCAAGCUCCUGACUAAGCAGGGUUCGCUGAAAGACAAAACCGACUGCUCUCCCUCCAAUGGAUACUACUUCCUUCCCAUCUACGACAAAGGUGACUAUCUGCUCAGUAUUUCCCCGCCGCCCGGCUGGAGCUUCGAGCCCGAACAAGUGGAGCUGAAUUUCGACGGAAAGACCGACGUGUGCAGCCAGGGUCGCGAUGUAAACUUUGUCUUCAAGGGCUUCGGCAUUACCGGACAAGUGGCUCUGGCCACCGGCGGCGGUGCACGUGACGUGGACGUCGAAUUGCGCUCGGAACAGGGCGAAGUCCGUCGCACCAAAACCGAUUCUACUGGUAUUUUCUCCUUUACUCCCAUUAUUCCCGGGAAAUACGUGGUCAAGGCUUCGCAUGCCAAGUGGCACUUCUCCAAGGCGGAGUACAACGUGGUGGUGGUUAGCGGCAACACCGAAUUGCCGGCUAACUCGCUUGUGGUUUCCGGAUUCGAUGUUGUGGGACGAUUCGAUACCAGCUCUCAGUUGCCAGGCAAUCUAGGCGUGGCCCUGUACAAAAAGAAGGGACAAUCUCUUGUGCCAAAAUGCGAUAAAUCCUCCACGGCGCCUGCUAAUAAUAAUAAGAACGACUACGAAUCUGCCGCCUCCUGCUUCACGCAACUGGACAAAUCAGGAGAAUAUAUUUUCAAGAAUGUUCCCUCUGGAAAAUACCUCCUGAAAGCCAUCAACCUCGACUCCAAGCUGAAGCUACACAUGAGCCCCGAGUUCCUGGAGCUGGAAGUUGGCAAGGACACGUUGCAGUUAAAAGACGAAUUUAAAAUCACUGGCUUUACGGUUUCGGGCCAGGUUUUCACAGCCGUGGGCGGAGCUCCGUUGAAAGGAGCUCUCGUAAAAGUAAAUGGCAAGAAAGUGGCUGAAACCGACUCCCAGGGAUCGUACACUUUGGAAAACCUCAAAGCAGGCACUGUGAACAUUGAGGUGGAAUCACCCCAGCUCCAGUUUGCUCCUCUGCAAGUGAAGGCCCAGAUAAACACCGCCUCCCUGCCCUCCAUUGCACCCUCGGCCUACGAGGUUUGCGGCAAGGUGGUAUCUCCGAAAUCUCACUCCGUGGGACUGACCAAGAGCGGUUCCACCUUCCACACGACUGCUACCACGAAACCUGAGAGCGGCAGCUGGUGUGCCUUCCUGCCUGUGGGCAAGUACACCAUCGAAGUUCUGACUACGGAUGCGGACAAGGCCUCUGGAGUGCAGUUCUUCCCGGUGCAACAGCAGACGGAGGUUCGCGAUGCUCCCGUUAAUGGUAUCACCUUCUCGCAGCUGCGUGCCAAGAUCCGUGGCGAGCUUCAAUGUCUGCCCGAUGCCACCGGCACCUGUACAUCCGCAGAGGUUACCCUCCAGGCGCUAGAUGCCACCGGACAGCCCACUGACAACAAGUGGAAGGCCAAGGCCCACCGUGGAAAAUAUGUCUUCAAGGACAUGCUGCCGGGACCUUAUGAGCUGACAAUUCCCCAGGGAAAUCUCUGCUACGAAUCCACACGCGUUUUCUUAAACGUGGCCUCGGCCGAGGAAGAUGCUCCUCCGUUUGUGCACAAGGGCUACGAAGUGUCCAUCAUAUCCAGCCAUCGGGCUUUGAUGCGCUACACCCACAUCACUGGACCAUCUGACGCUAAGCCCCCAACGGAAACCCUGAAGAUUGCCUCUGGCGUUAACACCUUCUGUGUCAGCAAAUACGGAAGCUACGACUUCAAACUGGAAGGAUGUCACACCUAUGACAGCACACUGCCCACCAAGUUCAUUACCCCCGAACCUGAACAAUUGCAAACCUUGAUCAUCAAUGCUGUUGCCCACAAGACGGGAGUUCGUGUCCUGUCCACGGAAUCUUCAGCGGAAUCUAUUAAACUAGUCCUCGAGUCAGAUCAGGGCACAGAGGUCAUAGUACCAGUGGCUGAAUCCACCAAGGUUGACGGAAAGUUUGCCUACCGGUAUGACACCUUCCUGAAACCAGAGCAGGUCCUGCGGAUUACCCCCGUCAGCGAUGUGUUGCUUUUCGCGCCUCAGGUCAAGGAGAUUGUGGGUGGCAGCGAUUGUGUGGACAUUGUCUUCAACUUUGUGGCCACCAGAGGCCUGAUCUUGCGCGGCAAGGUGGUACCCGCCAUUAAGGAUGCCAAGAUCACAUUGUCCUUCCCAGAUCAGCCGGAAUUGGAGAGCCUUGAGGUGCUCACCUCGGUAACCGGAGAGUUCAAGUUUGGCCCCAUUGACGAGUCCCUGGCCUUUGACCUGAAGGCCGAAAAGGAGUCGUACGUUUUCAGCGAUUACAACCGCCAGUCGGCGUCGUUCAGUGCCCACAAGCUGUGCGAGAUCUCAGUGGUUGUCAAGGACGAAGCUGGUCAGCCCCUCAACGGAGUGCUCCUUUCGCUGAGCGGUGGCGAGAGCUAUCGCAAAAACCUGGUCACCGGCGAUAAUGGCGCCAUCAACUUCCACUCGCUCUCCCCAUCGCAGUAUUUCCUACGUCCCAUGAUGAAGGAAUACAAAUUCGAGCCAAACUCCAAGAUGAUUGAGAUCAAGGAUGGCGAAACUGUGCCUGUUACUCUGGUUGGCAAGCGUUAUGCAUACUCUGUUUUUGGAACCGUGACCUCGCUGAAUGGCGAUCCAUUUGGAGGAGUGAAUGUCCAAGCCAUCGCCAAUGAAGGCUGCCCCCAGCAGCAGGAAGAGGCUACCAGCGAGGGCAAUGGACAGUACCGCAUCCGUGGCCUGCAACCUGGCUGCAGUUACUCUGUUAGGGUGGUUCCUGACAAGGAGACUGUAGACCGCUCUAUUCCCGCCGAGCAUACCGUGUCGGUGGGCAGCGAGGAUGUGCGUGACAUCAAUCUGGUGGCCAUAAGUCCACUCAAGAUUGUGGAUGUUUCGGCUCGGGUGACGGCCACAUUAAACGAUCACUACAAAACCCUGAGAAUUGUGAUGUACCGCAAGGGCAAUUCAGACUCGCCGGUGUUCUCCCAGAGAGUCGGCACCCCGGUGAACCCCAAAGCCAAGUUUAAUCCUGGCAUUACAGUGUUUUUCCCGCGCAUUCCCUUGGACGGCAAGAGCUAUGUGGUAGAACUGCAGUCCACCCUGUCCGACAAAACCUACACGUACAAGCUGCCAUCGGCCUCGUUUGUGGCGGAUCGGGGAUCCGUUUUCGUUCAACUGGACUUCAAGCCAGAAGUUCGGGCUGCCGAGGCCGAUCUCAACCAGAAUUCCAUCUCCGCGCUGAUACUUAUCGCCCUUGUGGCCAUCGCCUUCUUCAAGCAGGACCUGGCCACCAGUUUCCUCAGCUUUGUGUGGGCGAAGCUCAAUGACGUGGCCGCCGAAGUGGCCCAGCGCCAGAAGAGCAAGACGCAGGUGCGCAAGAACGAGCCCAUCAACCAGCGGGAGAUCGAGCAGAUGGCCGACCAGAUCAAUGCCAUCAAAAAGAAAAAGACCAAGAAGAUCUAGUGCAUUAGUCGAUAAAUUCCGAGUCCUUUAGUCACAUUUUGAGGUAUUCGCGCGGGUAUUCAAUCGAUUUUCUAUUUCCAUGUGAGAUUUUUUAACAACGCCCCCUCCCCCCCUUAAUUUUUUGUUUUGAAUCGCAUUUAAAAAUAACUUUUUGUAAUAUUUUAGUUCAUAUUUCAUUGAUGGAUUGAGGCAAGUUUAUUUUGUGUGUUAUUCCCAUGCUAGGUUCCUUCUUCACUCUUAUAGCUAAAAUAAAUAAAUAUAAAUACAUA